AUGACGGUGCAAUAUAAUCAACUUGUCCUUACUGGUGGUCCGGGGGUGUUUUUUAGUCUCUUAUUAAGAUGGCGAGGUUGUGUCUUCAAACUGAUUUACAUCGAUGUCAUAUUUUUUAUGACUUUAUACGCCUUGAUAAGCUGCAUAUACCGUUUUGCACUUCCAGAACAUGCUCAAAGGGUUUUUGAAAAAACUGUAGUAUUUACACAAAGCUUCCAAGGGCUUAUCCCUGUUUCUUUUAUUCUUGGCUUCUACAUUAAUUAUGUGUUCGCAAGAUUUUGGAAAUUAUUUAUGACUAUUCCUUGGGUGUUGAAGUUUGCCAUUUCUAUUACUGGGCACCUCUCUGGAGAUUCUGAUCGUCCCCGUAUGAUACGUCGUACAUGUUUUCGUUACAUGAUGGGAAGUCUAAUAAUGACUUGUACUCGCCUCAACUUGAUUGCAAAAAAACGAUUUCCCACGCCUGAAUAUUUUGUUAAAGCAGGCAUAUUUACUGAAGGCGAGGUGAUAAUGAUCCUGAAUGUUGUCCCCACGCAUGUGCAACCUUUUCUGCCUAUUAUUUGGACCAUCUCGCUAAUUACACGGGCUCAAAAAGAAGGUUUAAUAAGAAAUCAUCAUGCUUUAGCCUCCAUUAUUGAUGAAGUGAAUAAUUUUCGUCAAGGUCUACUGGAUAUGUUUAUGAUGGACUUUGUUUGUAUUCCGUUAGUGUAUACACAGGUUGUAACAUUGGCAGUGUAUAUUUAUUUUCUUGCCUCGCUUAUUGGUCGACAAUUUGUAAUGGAUGCAUCACCGUAUGCUGACCAAGUGAAUUCUAAAGAUUUGUACUUUCCAUUCUUUACUAUCUUAGAAUUUAUUGUCUAUAUGGGUUUGUUAAAAGUUGCUGAAACUUUGGUUAACCCUAUGGGAGAGAAUGAUGAAGACAUUGACAUCAAUGAAGUGAUAGACUUCAAUUGGAAAGCUGGUUGGUGCAUUGUCGAUGGAAUGAAAACAAGUGUGCCUGCUAUUGUACGUGAUAUACACUGGCGACUGUCAGUUACAGAAUUACCGCAUACCGAAGAAUCGAAACGUUUAUCUACUCGACCGUUUAGAGGAUCUGUAUAUGAUUUAAAUCUAACCUCCCAUCAAGACUUAAUCGGAUCUGGAUUAUCGUUAUCGAGGCUCAUUCGUUCUCAAGACUUGGCUGGCGGCGGUAUGCGUAAAUUCAGUCGACAAAGUCAAGUAGCCCAACCGCAAUAG